GGGGAGCGUUGCAGUCAGUCUAAACCACCCAUUCCCCGUCUCGUGCACCUCCUCCGAAAUCCGCCUCCUCUCACGCACGCGGCCCAACCAACCUGCCCCAAAACCUAGCUAGAUUUAGAAAAACAAAAAACCUGUCCCCAACCCGAACCGUGAGAUGGCUGAGUACGGCGAGCGCUACCAGGGCAACGGCGACCAGGCCACGGCCGAGGGUGGCUAUGCGCAGACCGAGUACGCCGCCGGCGCCGGUGGCUCGCCGCCCUCCGACAGCAAUCCCUCCGUGUUCUCCGACCACGCCGACGGCCGCUCCUCCCAGCCCCAGCAUGAGACCCAAUCACAUGACAGUGGUUCCUCCAAAUCUCAAGAAAGGGACCGAGAACGUGAUAAGGGCAAGGACAGGGAGCGAGGCAGAGACCGUGUCCGCGAAAAGGAGAGGGGCCGAGACAGGGACAAGGAUCGUGAAAGAGGUGACAGAGACAGGGAUCGUGAUCGCCACCACAGGGAUCGUCGCGAGCGCAGCGAGAUAAGGGAACACCGUGAUCGUUCUGAUGAUCGUGACCGUCGCAGGAGUCAUGAUUCUGAGAGGAGAAGAGAUCGUGACAGAGAUGGCCAUCGUAGGCAUCGCUCCCGUUCCCCUUCUAAGGGUCGUGACCGUGACCGCAGAUCUAGUUCUCAUUCACGCUCUAGAUCGAAGAGCAAGCGUGUGAGUGGUUUUGACCAAGCACCUACACAACAGGCAGUUCCUAUUGUUGCUGCUGGUGUUAUCCCUGGUCAGCUGCCUGGUGUCACCGCUCCUAUUCCUGGGGUUGGGGUGCUUCCAAACUUGUAUAAUUUGGCUGCAGGACAGUUCAACCCCCAUGUUAUUCAGCCACAAGCCAUGACACAACAGGCUACCCGGCAUGCUCGGCCUGUCUAUGUGGGCGGACUUCCUCCAACUGCUAAUGAGCAGACCGUUGCCAUAUUCUUCAAUGGAGUUAUGGCUGCUAUUGGAGGAAACACAGCUGGUCCAGGUGAUGCUGUUCCCAGUCAACCACCGCUAUGGCCUAGGGGCUUCAUUCAGCAGCAUCCUUUGGAUUGCAACAUGAUGAGAAACAUUAAUUUUUCUAAUGCAUCCUAUGGUCCAACAACAAUGUGGGCUCCCAUUCAGACAGGAAAUAUAAGUUCCGAAUCAACCAUGCUACCAGCCACACAAUCUGCAGUAUAUUGGAAUCAUUAUAUGAACUUUGUCAGGAAUCCUCUUGGUUCAGUUCAAGGAAAUCCUUUUCCAGAUUCGUUUUCAGGUACAAAUACUAGUACACCUUUGCAGGGUUCGAAUACAAUACCUUCAAUACCUGUCAACUUGGAGUCCGCUGCUGAACAUAGUGUUCAGGACAUCAAUAGUCCUAUAAAGACUUCUGCCCCUGUUACAAAACCAAAGAAAACAAAGGAACAAAAUUAUACUGCUGCUGAAGACCUUCUACUUUGCACAACCUGGUUGCAAAUUAGCAGUGAUCCUAUUGUCCACACUGGACAAAGGAAGAAGGGACUUUGGGCACGAAUAGAAAAAAGGUACAACGAACAAAGGGGCGAGUACCCUUGUAGAAUGAAUCGAGCCCUUAGCAGCAGAUGGGACAAGAUUAGAGCAGAUGUUGGUAAGUUCUCAGGCUGUUACGCAAGAGUGCUGCGAGAGAAACAAAGUGGUUUGACAGACGACGAUAAGACUUCCAAGGCGGCAACUUUGUUUGCACAUGAGGAGAACAAACCAUUUCAUUUUAUGCAUUGCUGGCAUAAGCUGAAGGGGGAACCUAAAUGGGAGAGCAUUUGUCAAGGACCUUUCCGAGGAUUACAUGGAAAAGCAAUUGGAUCUUCUGGUGGUCCUUUUAUUGGUGUAGAAGAAUCAGAUAGUGGGUCUGCUGGUUUGACUGGUAAACGGCCUCUCUGUCGUGAUUCUUCUAAAUCAGAGAGAAAGAAGGCUGCGUCAUCAACGACGACGGAAUACUUAAGCCGUCUUCAAGAAUUAACUGAAAAACUAAUUCAGCGCAUCAUAGAAAAGGGUGAGAAGAAAUAUAAGUACAAUGAACAGGACAUGGAGCUAGAGAAGAAGAGGUUGGACUUGGAAGCAAAAAAAUUAAGCAUUCGUAAAAGGGAAUUGAGAUUAAAAGAACUAAGUAUGGCCGAACAACAACUCGAGAUGCUGGAGCGUACUCGUGAAGACGAGGUCGAUCCAGAAGUAUGGAGUAUGAUGAAGGAGCGCAAAAAACAUUUGCAGCAGUUCAUAUUUAGUUUUUGCUAAAUUUACUGUUGUUUAACAUGUCGUGCUUCUGUUUCCAUAUCCGGUUUGCGAAGAAAUUUAUAAGUGCAUUGUCUUAUUUGCUUUCUAAAACAUUAUAAAGUUGUUGUAUGCUUAUGUCUUGCAAGACAUGUCAGUGUUAUUAAAGUUUGUAACGUUAAUUCUGAAAGGAAAUGGGCAUUAACUAUUUUCUAUAA